AUGGAGGAAGAGACGAAAAAUAGUGACAAAUUAGAAACCAUAGGGGUGCCAAGUGGGUGGGUUCUGGGUCCUGGUAGACCCUCAAAACAAGUUUCGGUUCGGGCCAUCUCAGUUCCGGAGAGCCCGGAUGCCAGUGAGAGCCCGAAAUCCAGUAGCACUAGGGAUACUUUGGUGCUGGGAACGCUUUUCGGGCUUUGGUACUUGUUUAAUAUCUUUUUCAAUAUCUACGACAAACAGGUUCUUGAGGUUUUUCCGCGUCCAUUGACAAUCACUUUAGUUCAAUUGGCUGUUGGGACUCUCCUCGUUAUUUUCAUGUGGAUAUUCAAUCUUUACAAACGGCCAAAAAUCAGUAGUCGCCAGCUUGCUACAAUUCUUCCUUUGGCAGUGAUGCACACUUUAGGCCACCUUUUCACCAAUAUGAGUCUUGGAAAAGUUUCCGUUUCGUUCACUCACACAAUCAAAGCUACAGAGCCGUUCUUCUCGGUUGUCCUCUCAGCUAUGUUUAUUGGAGAGUUUCCUACAAUAUGGGUUGUUUCUUCCCUUCUACCAAUUGUUGGCGGAGUGGUUUUAGCAUCAAUGACUGAGGCCUCUUUCAACUGGGCUGGCUUUUGGAGUGCAAUGGCCUCAAAUCUGACAAAUCAAUCUCGUAAUGUCCUUAGCAAGAAGUUUAUGGCUAACAAAGAGGACUCUUUGGACAAUAUUACGCUUUUCUCGUUAAUUACAAUUAUGUCUUUCAUCCUGCUUGCUCCUGCUGCUAUUUUUAUUGAAGGAGUCAAAUUUACCCCUUCAUUCCUUCAGAGUACUGGAUUGAAUGUCAGAGAAAUUUACAUUAGGUCUCUUCAUGCUGCUCUCUGCUUCCAUGCAUAUCAGCAGAUUGCUUACAUGAUAUUGCAGCGCGUAUCUCCUGUUACUCAUUCUGUGGGCAACUGUGUGAAACGAGUAGUUGUGAUUGUGAGCUCUGUUCUCUUCUUCCGCACACCAGUUUCACUUAUUAACACACUGGGUACUGGUAUAGCCCUCGCGGGAGUUUUUCUAUAUUCAAGAGCAAAGCGCAUUAAACUGAAGCCUAAAACAGCUUGA